AUGACACCCUGACCACAACCAUAAUGAACUUCCUUGACCCAUACGAUAUUUCUGCUGCAGGGACCAGCACGCCACCACCUAGGCAGCCCGAACAGAGCCUCAAUGAAGAAGUCACUCAGGUCAUCGGCCAGCUGAAUCGUUUCUGGGGUGGAUUUCGGAAACAGAGUCAGACUGCCAUCGAGACGGCGAAGAAAGAUUUCUCACAAGUCGUCACCCAGGCGCAGAAGGAGCUGAACAAGUUUACCAGUACCGAGCCAAGCACAGUCGAGACUGAAUCACCAACCGAAGGCGAAUCAGAGACGACGCCGUCAGCCUCUACGCCGAUAGAUCGUGAACAGCCUGCAUCGUCGUCCACUUCCUCUCAGAAUCUAUUCUCUCGCAUGCAGGCAGCUCUUCCUCCCAGCAUCGUUGCGACAGUACAGGACCAUAUCCCAGAAUCAUUGAAGCAUGCCUCCGAGAACAUUGACUUUGUCCAGCUACGGGCGACUCUCUCCAACGAGUUCCAGCGAGUUCAAGGCGUCACACGGUCUCAAGCGGAGGAGUAUGUACACAAGAGCGAGGCCUUGCUCAAAGAGGCCAUCAAGGAGGCCAUCAUUCCUCCAGAGGAGUCGAAUAGCAGCGGUCUAAUAUGGGAUGGGUCAGAUAUGUGGAUGCUUCCAGCAGAUCCUUCAGAAACUAGCGGCAGCAGCGCCGACAAGGGGAAGGGGAAGGCAACUAGUCAGCGUGCCGUUGCUACCAGAGCCGAAGCUCUUCUCAAGAGACUCAAGCACGACUCCGAAAUUAUCAGACGCGACCCAGACGUUGAUCAAGGUUCGAAGGAGGAGUAUGCUCAGUGGCUUGCUUCCGAUGUCAGCAGCAAGGAGCGUGGCAUUGAUAACGAAGAAUGGAAGGACAAGAUCACUGCCGCUCUCCAAGAUCCGGUCGACGGUGCAGGGUUAAAGGCUAAUGAAGAUACUUUAGUGCCGUCAGAAAUGACAAGAGAAACGUUCUGGACAAGGUUCUUCUUCCGUGCGCAUCAAAUUGCACGCGAAGAAAAGAAACGACAGGCCUUGAUUCGAAGGUCGAUGGACAACGAAGAUGAUUUCAGCUGGGAAGAUGACGACGACGAUGAGGCUCCAAGUGGCGCUGCGAAAGCAGAUGCCCUACAGUCCUCUGAGGGUACGAUACACCCCAAAGGGCAACUACUUGUGGCGAACACUUCUGUACCGCCUUCACAGACACAUACACCUGCAACGACGAGUCCCAGAGAGAGCAGCGAAGAGAGCUAUGAUCUUCUAUCAUCGGGCAAUGCAAGCGAAACGAAGACUAGUGGUAAGAAAGCUAUUGAUUCGUCUGAUGAUGGUGAUAGCGAUUGGGAGUAAAUGGCUGUUGAUUAGUUUGAAUGGGAUGUGCCACGAAUCUUUACAAUCAUGAUUACAAUAUGGAUUCUACAUAAAACGAACUAUUCUUGGGAG